GCGAACUGGAAUCCUAGAGAGGCCAGAAAGUCCUCCAGAGAGGAAGCCCCUCCCCCUUUGUCCUCUGCCAAGGCUGCCUCGGUGCCCCCUCCUAGGAUCCACACCUCUAAUUUGGACAGGAAGAACUUUGCAGACGAAAAAAGGGACUGCUUCUGAUCUCUUGGGAGCUUCCUGAGAGCACAGAUGGAUGACCAAGACUCGGCUGGACCUAAAGCAGGAAGAGGCCAGGACACUGAAGAUGGGAGCAGUGGGGGAUUCUCUGAAAAAACUCUGGGUGAAGAGAACACCCUCUGCUCAGAUAUGCAGAGCCAGCAGAUCAGGCAGUUCUGCCACCAGGAGGCUGAAGGACCCAGAGAGGUUUGCAGCCGACUCUACCACCUUGGCUGUCAGUGGCUGAAGCCAGAAAGGCACACGAAAGCUGAGAUGCUGGACCUGGUGAUCUUGGAGCAGUUCCUGGCUGUCCUUCCACCCGAGAUGGAGAGCUGGGUGAGGGAAUGUGGAGCAGAGACCAGUUCCCAGGCAAUGGCCCUGGCUGAAGGUUUCCUCCUGAGUCAGGCAGAGGAUAAAAAGCUGGCAGAGCAGCAGGUUAAGGAUCUGUUAGCAGAAAUGGGUCCUGAUUCCUCUGAGGCAGAGAGGACUCCGAUAGACACCAGGGAGAGACCACUGGGUGACAGGAUGAUGCCGUCAAGACCUCCUCAUCCGUCUUUUCAUGGUGGCGAAGGGGAAGCAGCAGCUAUGGAAGUAGAUCAGGGUCCGAUGUAUUUUGAAGACAUCGCUGUUCAUUUCACGGACAAGGAGUGGGCGUUGCUAGAUCCUGACCAGAGAGCUCUGCAUAAGGAGGUCAUGGAGGAGAAUCAUGGACUCCUGGAUUCUCUGGGGGGUGAUGAAUUGGAAAUUGGUAACAAGGGGGACCAGGACAGAAUCCACACAGUGGAGAAGCCAUAUAAACACUUGAAGUGUAAAGAGAACUUUAGUCAGAGUUCCCAGUCCACUUCUCAUCAAAGAAAUCCCAUUGGGAAUAAACCCUACCAGUGCAAGGAAUGUGGAAAGAGCUUCAAAUGGAAGGUGAGUUUCACUUCCCAUCAGAUAAUUCAUACAAGGGAGAAUCCAUAUCAGUGCUUGGAAUGUGGAAAGAGCUUCUGUCAGAGCACCCAUCUCACUUCUCAUCAAAGAAUUCAUACUGGGGAGAAACCCUAUCAGUGCAAGGAAUGUGGAAAGAGUUUCAGAUGGAAGGUCAGUUUCACUUCUCAUCAAAGAAUUCAUACAGGGGAGAAUCCAUAUCAGUGCUUAGAAUGUGGAAAGAGCUUCAGUCAGAGCACCCAUCUUACUUCCCAUCAAAGAAUCCAUACAGGGGAGAAACCCUUCCACUGCAAGGAAUGUGGAAAGAGCUUCAGAUGGAAGGUCAGUUUCACUUCUCAUCAGAGAAUUCAUACAGGGGAGAAUCCGUAUCAGUGCUUGGAAUGUGGAAAGACCUUCAGUCAGAGCACCCAUCUCACUUCACAUCAAAGAAUUCAUACCGGGGAGAAACCCUAUCAGUGUCAGGAAUGUGGAAAGAGCUUCAGUCAGAGCGUCUCACUCACUUCCCAUCAGAGAACUCAUACUGGAGAGAAACCCUUUCAGUGCUUGGAAUGUGGAAAGAGCUUCACCUGGAAGAACAAUCUCACUUCCCACCAAAGAAUUCAUACAGGGGAGAAACCCUAUCAGUGCUUUGAAUGUGGAAAGAGCUUCAGUCACAGCCACAGUCUCACUUCCCAUCAAAGAAUUCAUACAGGGGAGAAACCCUAUCAGUGUUUGGAAUGUGGAAAGAGCUUCAAUAAGAAUGCCCAUCUCACUUCCCAUCAAAGAAGUCAUACAGGGGAGAAACCUUAUCAGUGCUUUGAAUGUGGAAAGAGCUUUGGUCACAAAAACAGUCUGACUUCCCAUCAAAGAAUUCAUACAGGGGAAAAACCCUAUAAGUGCUUUGAAUGUGGAAAGACUUUCAGAAAGAGCUCAGAUCUCACUUCCCAUCAAAUCAUUCAUACUGGGGAGAAACCCUAUCAGUGCUUGGAAUGUGGAAAGAGUUUCAGUCAGAAGUGUGGUCUCAUUUUUCAUCAAAGAAUUCAUACAGGGGAGACACGCUAUCAGUGCUUGGAAUGUGGAAAGAGUUUCAGUCACAACGGCUCUCUCACUUCCCAUCAAAGAAUUCAUACCGGGGAGAAACCCUAUCAGUGUUUGGAAUGUGGAAAGAGCUUCAGCCAGAGUAGCCAUCUGACUUCCCAUCAAAGAUUUCAUACAGGGGAGAAACCCUACCAGUGCUUGGAAUGUGGAAAGAGCUUCCGUCACAGCUACAAUGUCACUUCUCAUCAAAGAAUUCACACAGGGGAUAAACCAUAUCAAUGUUUGGAAUGUGGAAAGAGAUUCACUCAGAAGAGUAGUCUCACUUCUCAUCAAAGAAUUCAUAAAGGUGAGAAACCAUAUCAGUGCCAGGAAUGUGGCUAUAACUUCAGUAGUAGCAGCAAUCUCACUUCCCAUCAAAGAAUACAUACAGGGGAGAAACCAUAUCAGUGUUUGGAAUGUGGAAAGAGCUUUAGUCACAAAUCCUCUCUCACUUCCCAUCAGAGAAUUCAUACUGGAGAGAAACCCUUUCAGUGCUUCGAAUGUGGAAAGUGCUUCAGCCACAGCUACAAACUCACUUCCCAUCAAAUAAUUCACACAGGGGAGAAACCAUUUAAAUGUCAAGAGUGCAGAAAGAGAUUCACACAGAGCACAGGUCUCACAUCCCAUCAAAAGAUUCAUAUGGUGCAGAAACCAUAUCAUUGCUUGGAAUGUAGAAAGUGGUUCAGUCGGAAGGAUAGUCUCAUUUCCCAUCAAAGAAUUCAUACAGGGGAGAAACCCUAUCAAUGCUUGGAAUGUGGAAAGAGCUUCCGUCACAACUCCACUCUCUCUUCCCAUCAAAGAACUCACUGUGUGGAGAAACCCUAGCACUUGCUGUGUUGUAAUUGUAUUUUAGGAGACUUUAAUUUGUAUCGUAACAGUGUUCUUGUGCUUCUUCAACCCAGCAGAGAAGUCAGCCUUGGCUCUCCAAGCUAUCGAGUGCAAACCCGGUGCCCAAUAUUCUUCAGCUAUGUAUCCAGAUCUGCAAGGUGGAAGUCAUUGGCCAAGGUGUUGAAUUCAGGCUUUUCUUUGUGGGAAGGUUAAGUCUAGGAAUCUCUUGCUACUCUUCUUCGAUCCUUCAAAGUACUUAGCGCAUGCCAGGAGUAAAGAAUUGCAUCCAUGAGUGGAAAGUGUUCUCUGUGUAUUGUUGUUGUUGUUUAGUCGUGUCUGACUCUUCGUAACCCCAUGGACUAGAGCACGCCAGGCACGCCUGUGUAUAUACAGCCUCAAAGGCUGUUGUGAACAGCAAUAAACAGAGGUUGUUUGCUUCAGCCAAAUCCAGUUCUCAUCUGCACACAUAUGAUACAUGGAAGGAGACUUAGAUUGAACAGAGACUCAGAGCAAUGCGACUCACCCCAGUGGCAAUGUCUGAGUCCUUUUUCCAUUCCUGUGGAGUGAACACCAGAUCUUGACUGGGGGAUAUUUUUGUCAUUGUGUGACAUACAUUCCUUGAGCUGGUGACCUGCUUCCCUUCUUCCUUAGUGUUAAUGGAUCUUCAGUCCACCACAACAGAUGAGGUACUUUUAGGGUUACUUCUUCCCUGGAAUUCCUCUGCCUGUUGAGGUCAGGCAGCAACCUUCAAUUUACUCUUUUUGGUGCUUGCUUGAAAUAUUUUGUUUAGGCUAACCUUUCCAGAAGUGGAGAGCUUGAUUUGUUUUAAUAUUAUAAUUGUAAUAUUAAUGUUUUUACUGUUUUCUUCCAUUUUUAAUUUACUUAUCUCUUAUAUCUCACCAACAAAACAUACUAUGUUACCACCAUGGACAAAAUGAUUACACACACACACACACACACACACACACACACACACUAGCUGGCCCGGCCACGCGUUGUUGUGGGUUUUUGUGUUAAAUGGACCUUCAGAGUCUAUCUUCAGAGUCCCCUCACCUGCCCCCCCCCCAAGUUGUGAAAGGCCCUAUUCUUUUCGUUUUUGCCUGUGGCCUAAUGAAUGGUGCGGCCUACUCAGUUUUCCCUGCUUGGCAAGGCUGCGGCCUAUUUAAAAAGCUGGGCCUUGUUGCUGCAAAAGGACUGUUUUCAGUUGGUUGCUGUGGAAUUUUGUGAUGUCAUCUGGUGGCACAGCUUUGGAGGCGGCAGGGUGCGACCAGCCUUUCCAUUGGAUGUUGCUGGAGUUUUCAGAGCUAAUGGUGGUGACGUCUAAUUGGGUGCCACUUUUUGUGUUUAAUCAUUAUUUUAGGUGUGAAAGGUCUGUUUUUGGAAAAAAAUUAAUGCCAGAUCCCUCCCUGAUGGGCAUGGAACGUUGUGGCCAAAUUUGUUACAUUAUGGUUCAGCAGUUACGGAGAAAAGCUGUGAUUAUUUAAAUCCUAUAUAUCUUUAUUUUUACUUCUCUUCCACUCUUUCCAUGGUUUCCUGUCUACACCUGUUAUGAUUAUUGGUGUAAUAUAUUUCUAUAUAAUCUCUAUAGAUCAGCAUCCAGAGGGGGUCAAGUGGCCAGCUGGCUAGCCCCCAACUGGAUCAUGCCCUUCCAGCCGACACGCUGGACGAUCCCCCGAUCUCUAGAGCGACAUAUACUGGUACCAGCAACCCUUUCUUCAAAAGUCUGAGUACACUAUAUUAGCAGAGCGCGCUGCAUGAACAGAAGCUGCGUGAAGAGGCUUGUGAAAGCAUAAUAACAAGCAGAUUUAUUCAGCAUAAAUCAGGACAAAGAAAGCAUGUCAUCUCCCCAUCUCCUCAGAGAGAGUCCCGAAAGCAAAAGCUAUACACAAACGGAAGUUCCCAGAAGACUGUGCUGGAACGUAAACAGACAUGUGACGUAACAAUCUCACACGUCUGCUCCUUAUUUUUUAACCUGUUUGUCAUACAGGUUGCUUCGAUAUAUUCAAGUAUUUUGAUAUGCCAUAUUUCUUUUGAUGGGACUUUAUAUGUUCUCAAUUUUUGUGCAAUUAGAAUUUGAGUGAAUGUUGGCCCGUACAUUCAUAAAUUAUUAUUUUUAUUUUUUAUUCCCAGAAGAAAAGCUUCUGGAUUAUUGGGAAAUGUUUCUAAAAAAUUUUUUCUUAAGUUCAUUGUACACCAUCUCCCAUAAUUCUUUUGUUACCUUACAACAUGAACAUCAUAAGUGAACAAAUGUACCAACUGUUUUCUUCUUCUUUAGAGUAUAGCUGGCAAUGGAUUUGACAGCUAUGCUCUAAAGAAUAAGUAUUUAAGAAGAAGUAUUUUAUACAUUUUACAGAGGUUUUUAACUGUACAUCUUAAUAUCUUUUUCAAAUUGUGAUUAUUGUUCUGUAAAUCUAUUUUUUGUUUCCCUUAAACUUUGAGUUAAUUUGAUUAUAGUUUAGCCAGUCUGACACAAUUUUUUCCUAAUUCUUUCAUUUUUGUUUCUCCCUCAAAUGUCUAACAGAUAAUUGUAGCUACCCCAUUUGUGACUUAUAUUUAUUUUUUCCUUGUCUUUGCUUCUAUUGGGGAUACCCACCUUGGUGUUUUGUUUUCCAAUAAGUUUCUAUGUUUCCCCCAAAUUCUAUUUAUUUUUUUCCUGGUAACAUGAUUAGAGAAGCUUUUAUGUAUAGCUCUAACAACGGUGUGUUUUCCAGCAGUACCUAGUCUUUUAUCCAGCACAGAUAGGACGGUUCAGAAUAUGAUUCUAAAUCUGGAAAUGCGGAGCCCACACUCACCCUGAACAGCUAAAAGGCUCCUGGGAGGCUGGAGGGGCAAUGCUGCUGCCCUGAGUGCUGGAAGGAAGACCGCUCCCUGCUGUAAGGCCCAUUUCCACCUGGCCUAGGGGGUGCAGCCCACACUCACCCCAAACAACUAAAGGGCUCCUGGGAGGCCAAGGGGACAUGGCUGGAACAACUAUUUUAUUGGGGCAACUUGCUAAAAUGUUUUACACAGUUCUAAUUUUGGUUCCUCUGUUUUGAUAGGAUUUUUUUUUUUACUGUUUGAUGUUAUGCUCUGUUUUUAUAUAUAAGCCAAACAGAGUGGCUGUGGAUACCGAGCCAAACGGGAGGGAUCUUAAUUUAAAAAAUGAAAUAAAAUAUUAUCAUUAUAUUCAUUUUUAUUGCCGAGAUUCUCCCCAUCAAUGAUAGUUUCAUUCUUUUCAAUAUUUCUAGAUCUUUUAAAUUUUCCUUCCCACUCUUUGCAUGAUGUUAGCCCUAAAAGCUGCCAUACCCACUCUUUACAUCUUCACACGACAAUAGCGGAGGUCAGACUAAACAUCUCUUUGGUCAACCCCGAAGCAGCGCAUGUGUGGAACAUUCUUCGAAGUCACCUUGCACCUGUUGUAAAUAACAGAUCUUCUGGAAACUUUACACAGCGUUGUUUCUGUGAAUAAAGGAAUCAUAUCCAACAUAUUAAACAGGGCAGGUGGCAACCCUGCAUGAUGGGACUGUUGAUGCUUAGCUGGGGUGGGGGGCAGAUGAGGUCCUGCCACAUGGUAGGGGGGGCUCCUUUGGCAGGAGGGAGCAGGGGGUAUGCCUGCCCCCCCUGGUGUUUCCCUCCCCCACCUGACCUUUGACACACCCCUGCCCCCCGCAUAAUAUGUCCUGUACCAGAUGAAGCAGGAGUGCAACUUCUCCAGCGGGGUGCAGUGGGUUCACUACCUGUACAGGUACAUCUUUGACUGGCAGGAGCUCUUCUAUUUCUCCAUCAACUGAGGGAAGUUUGUUGCCAUGUCUCCAGAGGAGCAGCCCCAUGUCCAAAAGUGGGACAAGGGCUACCUGUGGGGCUUCUACAGGAUCCUUGGGCCCUUCUUCCACCCAGUUUCUCUCUCACACGCAGACACACGUGCGACCCGAGGCAGAUAAGCCUCUUCCAUUCUCCUCAGUGGCAGCGGAAAAGGAGGAGAGAGAGGAGGGUGACACUAUAAAGGACUAUUUCGAAUUGGAAUAAAUGAACCACAGAGCCUAGGGCUUGCAGAUCAGGAGGUCGGUGGUUCAAAUCCCCACGACGGGGUGAGCUCCCGUUGCUCGGUCCUAUAGAGUGAGAUGAGCAUCACAACCCCAGAGUCAUCCGCGACUGAACCUAACGGUCAGGGGUCCCUUUACCUUUAUGUCA